CGGGGGACAGGUCAAGAAAUGGCUGAGGUGAGGAAGUUAGCUGAAACACUUGGCACAAUCCUUUCGGCCGAGCCCUCUGACAACCAGAAGAAACUCUUUGAGGAUCAUAUGGAAUAUGGUCGAAAGACCUCUGCCCUUCAGAAGAUCAUUAACCAUCCCAUCCAGCGCUACAACGGUCGAACACUGGUACACAUCGCUGCUGACAAGGGACUCAGCGAAUACUUAGAAAAGCUCUUACUCGAAGGAGGUGACCCAAACAAGCCAUCUUCUGUUCCUGAUUUAUGCCAGACUCCUCUCCAUCUUGCUGCUUUCCAAGGCUAUGCAAAGUGCCUUCAAGUCCUAGUGAAGCAUGGUGCUCAGAUCAGAGUACAGAAUGCACACCGUACCACACCCAUUGACCUAGUAAGAGGAAAGACAGUAUGCGAGAGUAUACUUCAGGAAGCAAUUGGAAAAGUCGAGGUACCAAACAGGACUCAGGACCAGCUCCAGCGAGUGAUGGAUCUGCACAGGUUGAUUGACCAGCAAAGAGAAGACAUGGACACAUUCAUGUCACUCUACAGUCGCCUCUCUGCUUUAGAGACUGAUUUAAGCACCAGAUGGACUGACUGGUUCCAACAAACGCUCCUAUACAGAGCUGCAGAUAAAGAUCAUGUCCAAAUUGUUACAUUCCUCCUUCAGCAAUCGCCUGCUCAGCCUCUCAGUAACCUUGGACACGGGGACACGCCUCUUAUGAUUGCCUGUCGACAUAGCAACCUCAAACUAGUCGACCUCCUUAUCAACCACUCACCAGGUCUUAUUUUUAUCAGCGAGGACCAGAACUCCCUCUCUCCGCUGCAUGUCAGUACAUCCCGUGGUGAUAAAGGUAUAGUUCAGAGUAUGCUGGAUGCUGUACAGGGCCUUUACGAGAAAGGUAUCACACACAGGGACCUCAACUUGACUGAUAAAAUUGGCCGGACUCCUUUUUACAAUGCUUGCUAUCACGGGCAGCUACCGAUCGUUAAAGCUUUUCUUGAGUUCAAGGCCAAGUUUCCAGACAAGAUUGAUAUUAAUGCAGAAGAGAAGUCUCGUCGCUCUCCUUUGCAUGCUGCUGUAUCUGCUCCAAAGUUCUCUAAGGAGAUUGUUGAGCUACUAGUGAAGGAGGAAGAGCUUAAACUGAAUAUUGAAGCCUACCCAUCCAGUCGUUCACAUAAAUACAUUGCUAAGAUGCUGGAACGAAAGCGAUCGCUCACUGUCUUCCCAUCUUCCUCCAUCGCCCAAACCUAUAGGGCCUACACUUCUUUUGAUCAAAUUGAAUCCGAUGACCCACCCUCCUAUCGUGACGAUCGAGGCUGUGACACGCCCAUCAGCACCUCUUCUGCGAUAUCGGAUGAUCUUGACGCUGAGAUUGGAAUCACUAAACGUGAAUCACUACCUCACACACCGAUCAGCCCACUGAUGCAGAGUAUGGCAUUACCCUCUCCUUCAGCAUCCAUUCCUCCUCCAUCCUCUCAGAUACGAAUCAUUUGCUCUAACAAUGGGAGACUCGAGGCCAUAGAAGGGAGCGGAGAAAGCCACACCCCUUUUUCUAAGCUUCUUCUAACCCCACUUGCGGAGGCUUGCGUUUUCAAUAGUCAGGAUAUAGUGGAGAUAUUGAUUAAUCACGGGGCUAAGGAUCUCAAUGGGUACGGAUGCCAGAUAGCUUACCUCAUUCACCAGCCUUCACUUGUGAAUCUCAUACUCUCUUACCAGUGCAAACUCUGUGAACAGAUCGAAGAUAAGCCACACCCACAUCCCCUCUACACUCUCGACUGGAAGGAGAAGCACCUUAGAAUUGUGAAAGGGGACUGGUUCUUUUCAGAUCUAUAUUCUCUUGAUUUGGAUGUAUCUCUAUUCCUUAAUUGUCAGCCAAUGACAUUCAAUAAAUUAGAGUCAGCCUCCAUUCACAUUGUUCACUUGCAAAAGAACUGUCUCCAGACUCUACCGAUUGAAUUAUUUCAGUUGCCAAACGUAGCAGAGAUAAACGUGGCAGAGAACAGUCUCACAUCACUCCCUGAUAUUGACUCUGACUCCUGUACUGUCAGUACAGGCACUAAUGCUUGGAAAUGCUCUCAAUUGACUGUACUGAUACUCUCAAGCAAUAAUCUCUCGUGUCUUCCAACUUGCCUUUGGUUCCUGCCUUCCCUUGAGAUCCUGAAGGCUAGCAUGAAUAAGUUAGAGUCCCUGGUUCCGUUACCUGAGGCAUUCAACUCAUUAAUAGACAGAGAUGAGUCAAUUGUUCUUGCCCCUAAUCUAAGAGAGAUUGAUCUGUCGAGAAAUUCACUCAAAGAAAUUGACAACUUUGUUUUUGGUUUGUCCGAGCUCUCGAAAUUAAACUUGUCCCAGAAUGAGCUUCAGUCUCUCCCUGACUCACUCUGGGACUGCAUCACUCUCCAUCAACUGGAUGUCAGCUCUAACUCUCUUUCUUCUCUCCCAAGAUGUGGAGGACUGGAGGACAUAAGGGAAGCAGCUCUAGCCAAGAGCACUCCUGGCAUACUCCACUUGGCAACUGCAAAUACCUCGGCUCAGGCUGUCUUUCAGAAUGAUCUUGACUGUCGUGAAAGCCUUUACCAGGCCUCACAUAGACGGAGGAGCAAGUCGUCCAGAUCAAGAACAAAAAAGAAAGGCGAUGAUUUUAAGAUCCGCAAACUAAAGGAGGAAGUUGAUUCAGGGGAAGGAGGAGACGCUGGUAUUGAGAUGUGCGAUUACUCUGUUCUCACUCGUUUGAAUUUAUCAAAGAAUAGGUUCAAGUCUUUCCCGAUUGGUUUGCCCUGCCUGGCACCAAACCUCUUCGAACUUGACAUUUCUGAUAACAACAUUCAAGUCAUUGAUAUUACAUUUCUGCCUCAGAUCCUCCGCAAGUUAUCAGCAAAGAGAUGCUCCUUGGAAAAGUUUGGUAACACACUGACUGAGGGCCAACUGAACUCAAUGAGAAGGAAGUGUUAUUAUGAGCGUCAGUCUAAUGUCUGUCUUCAUUGUUCUCAUUCUCAGCUCCAAUACUUACAGACGUUCAUGCUCGAGGAUAACAGGCUAAAAAGGUUUCAGCUAUUGAAGGCAGUUCUUAAACGUACGACCAGAGACCCAACGGAGGACGAGCUGGAGUUUCGACAAAAUUGCUCGGCCCUCAACCUCCUCUACCCAUCAUUGGAGGGCCUUGAUCUGACCAGUAACUGCCUCGUUGGUACCUUUAAUCCUAACAUUGGGCGACAGACCCAGUUGAAGUGGCUGUGGUUGAGUCAAAACAAGGAGCUCGAGAAGUUGCCGCUUCAUUUGGCUGAUCUAAAGAACUUUCGGCGCUUGACGGAGAUCAAGUUAAGGAACCUUCCUAGCCUGGUGGAGCCUCCGAAGGAGUAUCAGAAUGAGUCAGUGCAGGCCAGCCAGUUGUUGACCUACAUGAGGUCAAGACUGAAAGAUUCUGUUCCUUAUCGUACAUUAAAGCUAUUUUUCAUUGGGUGUGGGCAGAGGGGCAAGACUACACUACUGAGGCGCCUCAGGGAGCGUCAAGCUGGUGAAACAGAGAGAACCGAAGGCAUUGAUAUAGAGGAGUGGUCCUGUAGAGGAGCUAAGAGGAGACUCUUCCGAGCCCCACAAGAACCGAUCCAGUUCUUAGCCUGGGACUUUGCUGGUCAAGAGGUGUAUCAAGUGACUCAUCAGUGCUUCUACUCAAGGAGGGCAAUAUACCUGGCACUGUUUAGGAUGAUUGAUGGAGAGGAGGGCAUUAAUGAACUGGAGCCAUGGCUCAGAAACGUCCAGCUCAGAGCAGAAGGUUGUAUUGUCAUCAUAGUUGGGACGUAUCUCGAUAAAGUGUCUGACUCAAAGGUUGCUGAAAUAGACAAGAUUAUCAAACAAAAGUUUUUCACCAAAAGCAGCAACAUAUACCCUAAGAUAAUCAGCUACAUCAGCGUGAGCUGUGUCAGCAAGUUUGGAAAUAACAUGGACAAACUGAGACAGUUGAUAUAUGAUGUGUCGGUUCACUUGAAAGUUAGCCCCAGGGAUGGAAUAACACUUGUGCAUGAUCCAAAACUCUCAUUAAGCAGUUCCUAUGCGCUCCUCAAUCAGCAGAUCCCAAGGAACUUCCUAGAGCUCCAAGAGAGAGUCUCUGAUCUUGUCAAGGAUCUCAAUGAAUCACAGAAGCCUCCUUAUCUCAGCCAUGAAGAGUUUAGCUCUCGUUUCUUGUCUAUUUUUGAAGGUGACGAAGAAGAAAUGAAUGAAGCAGUCAAUUACCUAACAUUGCAAGGAACAUUGCUUCAUUUUGAUGAUUACGGUCUGAGGGAUUUGUAUUUCCUUGAUCCUCAGUGGCUAGCUAAACUAAUGGCCAGACUCAUCAGUCCCAAUUCAGCAAAGAACAUGUCCCUAGUUGAUGGAAAGAUACUUCUUUCCAGUCUCUUUGAGCAGGACCUGUUCCUCAGUGAGCACAGAGCCAUUGCCAGCAAAUACCUGCAGCUCCUUCAGAAAUUUGAAGUUGCUCUUUGCAUCGGUGACAAGGAGGUCAUAAUACCCUCCCUCUUCCCUGAAUCACAGUCUUACCCUAAACCUAAUGACAGCCUAAAAGACGUUACCUUCACUGCUGGAGUGGAACUCAAUUACCUUCCUCCAAUCAGGAGGAUCUGGUUCUCUAAUUACAUUCCUGACGGGUUCUGGCCACGCCUCAUCUGUCGCCUUCUCAAUGACCAACUCAUAAAAUCAAUUCUCAGUAAUUAUUACGAUAGUGUGGAAAAUAGCGACGAAUCUGUUGUCAAAUCUGAUUGGACGUGUUGGAAGAGUGGCCUCGUGUACGUAUCAAGAGGGCGGACCCUUUUAUUAGUGAGGCACAUACCCAACCCACCAACCUCAUGGGGCCCUACUCCGGAGUCCAGCCUUAAAGCCGUGAAUUCAAAAUGGAGGAUAGAGAUACACAUAUACGUACCAGAAAUGAUCAGCGUCUUGCAAGAGAUCAGGUCAAGAGUUGAGUGUUUUGAUCAAUUGGAAGAAACUGAUAAACUGCAAGCACCUUAUAAGGUCGCCGGGCAAGCCACGCAACUGAUGGUUGCUAUUAGCAAUCACAUAUCGUUCCUGUCGUCAUGGUUUCAAGGCAUGCUCGAGCAAAAUGAGAGAGGUCAUGUUGACUAUGUUCCUUGCUGGAAAUGCUAUGGAGGAUUGGAGUGGAUUGGGAAUCCUCCAAGUGAUACUUUACUGAUUGACGUGGAGGGAUCUUUUUGUGUAUGUCUCCCUUUUGCCAACUGUAUUAUACCCUCUUCUCAUAAUGAUGAUCUUUCGUGCCCAGUACACGGUGCCCUUAAAGUUGUUCAAACUGUCCCUGAUCUGUCAUUUUCUGAUCUAGUGGCUACUAAUGAGGACAUGGAUAAGCCGAGGACACUGCGUAUACUUGAAAAGGAAGUUCUUGGUAAAGGAGGCUAUGGGUUUGUGUGUACAGGAGAACUAAAGGGACCCACCGGCUCUCCGCCUGAAUUGGUAGCAGUCAAAGUGUUUUUGACUAACCUGGAGGGUAAGAUUGACUCUCUUUCUUCUGCUGAGUUACUUGAAGAAGCUGCCAAAGACUCCCAGCUACGCAGUGCAUACAAAGAGAUAAGACAAGAGGUUAAUUUUCUCUCAACUUUGAAGCAUCAGAACAUCACAAAGCUGAUUGGUGUAAGGACUAAGCCUGUCUAUUGCUUACUUCUGGAGCUGGCACCUAUGAAAUCACUGAGGAGCAUGCUAAAGGACUAUCAACUCUGCAAGCUAACAAUGGAACCAAUAACACUCAAACAGUGUGCAAAACAAAUAUCUGAUGGACUCAAUUACCUCCACACUCAUCAAAUUGUUCAUUUGGACAUGAAGUCCCCAAACGUCCUCGUCUGGGAGUUCCCCAUAGCCGGUAUGCCACGCAAGGAAAGACUAAAGUACGCUGGUAAUGUCUGGCUAAAGAUAGCAGACUAUGGGAUCAGUCAAGUGGCCACCUCAAUGAUGAUGAAAGUAACUACCAAUCAACCGGGGACCCCUGGGUACAUGGCCCCUGAGCUUUUUGAAACUGGACAAGAAAUAUACUCAACCAAAGUUGAUGUGUUUGCUUAUGGUAUGACAUUGUACGAGAUAAUAUCACUUCAAGCUCCUUUUCAAAAACAAGAGGCUAUGAAGCGAAAUGCUGAAGUGAGGGCUGGAAAAAGACCACCAACUGGAAACAAAGAGAAGCACACUCCCCUUCUAUUGCAGGAUCUCAUGAGGCUCUGCUGGAGCAAGGACCCGUCCGCCCGUCCCAAAAUGAAGGAAUGUCUCCAGUGGACAUCAACCGCUGAAUUUGAGCGUCUCAGAGCCCAGCUAACCCUCGGGAGCUGCACAGCAAUAUCUUGUGCCUGUGUCAGUCGUAUUGAACCAAAAUACGAGAGUGAAUGGAUUGAACCAGCUGAUACAGUUAAAUCAGAGAACAGUCUCCCUACAGUGAUGAAUGGGACUUUACUGACAAGGGAAGAGAUUGAGCGGUUUGGAUUGGAUGUGGACAUUUUACUUGCGUCUCAGGACUGUCUCGAGAUAGAGGAGUCCAUUAUAAAGACUAAAGAAGUCGUCGUGAGUGAUGAUCCUGGUUCGGACGAAGAGAGAGGAUUAGAGAACCUUUCAACUGAAGAGAAGAAGAAAGAGACAGAGGAUGACAGAGUGAUGAAGAAAAGUGAUAAAUUAGCUUCCUCGUCUUCAUUGGUGGAGACUAAAGCUUUGACAAAGGAGUUAUUGGGGAAGGAGGACAAGGCGAAGCGUCAUGGGGAGGAACAAGCUUAUUCACAGAUAUGGAUGUGUGGCAGAGAUCAAAAGAAAGGUCUACUGUCUGUUUUUAUAUUCCCUGACCGUCAGAAGACGUCUUCAAGAUUCUUUGGUUAUAUUGGUAAGGAAGAGAUCCAGGCCCUCUGUCCUGUACGUAAUGCAAUGUGGGUAGGGACAUCCCUCGGGAACCUCAGGGUGAUCCAUGCUCCAUCUCUAGCAGUCAAAUUCUCCGGUAAUCUCUCCUCUGACGAUCAGUCGUCGGCCAUUUUAAAAAUCCUCCACAUUGAGGAGAAGAAUUGUAUCCUUGUCAGCUCCACUUGUUCUGAGGUUUGGUGUCUGCACGAUAAGCUCAUUGGUAAACCCUACAGCAUUGUAAAGGAGCAGCGUAUACAAACCAAUGAGAGAGAGGGCAGUGGGCCUGUGUACGAUCUAGUAAAGGUUGUCAUUGAUGGUCAGUUACAGGUUUGGGGAACUAUGGAUAAUAACACCAUCAUUCUGUUUGAGAAGAAAGAAGGAGCCUGGCAGACGAGUUACUAUGAUGUUAUUCCCUAUAGCCACCACAUGAAGGUUUGCUCUCAUAUCGUUUGGUGCAGUUUUGAGGAGGAGGGAACCCAGUGUGACUACUUGUGGGUAUCUUAUCGAAGCAAGGCCGGGAUUGUUUGCUUUGAUGCUAGGACCAGAACACAAAGAGGACACAUUAAUUGCUCUGAUAGGAUUAAAGGAAAAGAUGAUUUUGACACGUCACAUCAAGUCAUUUCACUACUUGCUCAAGGACGCAGGCUAUACGUUGGUACUCUAAGUGGUAUUGUAGCCGUGUUUGACUCGGAGUCCUUGGGACUUAUUGCAAGCUUUAACUGGCACACUGGGAAGGUACGGACUCUUCUCUUGCUACCCGAGCAAGUGAAGGCAUGUGUCUGUGCCGAAGUACCUUUUGAUGAUGGAGAGGCCACGGCAACAGAGAAAGUAUUCAAAUCGAAUUCUAACUGGACUAAUAAUCCGUGCUACUUGAACAACACCCUCACUGAUCACUCGCUAGUUGCUAGUAUUGGUAAUGGCAGACUCCAGUUCAUGACAGAGAGUAAGACUGGGCCUACCAGAGGAGACAGGAGCAGUAAAAUGGAGAGAAGGAAAACUGGCAUGUUCUCCCUAUACACUGAAGACAUAAAUCUAUUAAUAUGGCAUAGUUAAGAUAAGAUUAUUAACAGAAUAUUAAUUUUAUACUUAUAUAUUGUAUCCACGAAAUAUACAUGUGUACUGUCCCUAGUAUAAUUAUUAUUUCUAUUCUGGUUAUUUUACGUUGAUAUUAUUAUUAUCUUUAAUUUUU